CGGCAUCGUAAGCAUAGGGGCGGGGUUUUGUUGGAGGCAAAAGCCUUAGAAAUCUCUGUCGCUGUCGGCAGCUGUAACCAAGAUCCGAAUAACAACCCAGUAUAACUGUGAAAAGGACGGAAAGUCAAGAAGAGAGCAACAAACAUGGAUGCAGGUGAAGACCAAAACCCAGGCACCACCAAUGGAAAUUCUCAGACAAGUGGGAACUCUCAUACACCUCAGAUAGCCCGCAUGUCACUGUAUGAGAGACAGGCAGUACAGGCUCUGCAAGCUCUGCAAAGACAGCCUAAUGCGGCUCAGUACUUCCAGCAGCUCAUGCUGCAGCAGCAGAUAGCAAAUAGUGCCCAGUUCCACAACUUGGCUGCUGUGCAACAGGCCACACUUGCUGCUAGUCGCCAGCCCAAUACUCCAAGUAAUAGCAUCUCCCAAGUGCCCACCACUGUCAAUCUAAGCACCACCUCUGCGGGAGGGACUAUGUCCAGUCCUCGUCCUCAUGGCCCAGCCACCUCUGCAACCAAAACUACUCUCAACCAGUCAGUGCUGCUGGGUGGAAACUCAGCAGGACAAGGACAGAUGUACCUUAGAGUCAACCGUUCUCAGCUUAUCUUCAUGCCUGGUGGUCCAGCAACAGCUGCUGUUGCAACAGUUGCUCAAACUCAGCCCCAGCAGCAGCAGCAGCAGCAUGAAAUUGCUUCUACCACUGCCCAGUCUGACAGUGAUCAGGUGCAGAACCUCGCCUUGCACUGUGCUUCCACUACCAAAGCAGUUGCUGUUAAAUCUGAGCUUCCAGAAAGGAAAGAUGCUUCCAGCUUUCCUCUCGGUCAGCAGCAACAACAGAAUUUCCCACAGACAGCUCAACAGCAACAAGUGCAACCACAACAGCAGCAACAAAUGGCCAAGUCUAGCUUUACACAUCAGUCCACCACCAACCCAUUGACUGUAAAGACUGGAAAUCAGGCUGCCAUGACUGUAACUCCUGCAUCUUCUGUACCGCCUUCAUCCACUUCCUCUCCAGCACUUCCUCUCUCCCAGCUCCUCCUGGCCCCCUCUGCAGCACCGGUGAUCCUAGUACCAACGUCAAAUGUUCCUACCUCCACUCAAGGCUACCCUAUCGGCUCAGUGGCACCAAAGGCGAAUGUUAACACUCAGACUCUGGUAGUACAGCCCCUGCAACAGUCCACCACUACUGUUGACAAAGGUCCUGUUCCAAUACAGCCCAAGACUGUUCAGGGACACCGCUUACCAGUGCAGCUGCCCCCCCGACACCCACCACCCAUUCUCCCAGCUCCACCUAGCAACAAUCAGGCCACCGCAGCGGGUCACAACCCUCCUCACAUCCCUGUCCAGCUUGUGGGAGCAAGGCAGGGCUUAGCAGGAAAUGUGCAAGCUGUGGCCCUGGCACAGAUACGAAAUAGCACAGCCCAGGAAAGUCCAUCUGGCGGGAAUGUUGGCACGGCCUCCAGCAACAGUACUAUGACAAAGCCUGCUAUUGGCUCUCUGAAGAGAAAAUUUGACUGUGAUGCCUUGAAUGAGAUAACAGAAUCUUCAGACUCUGCACCCAUGAAAGAUUCGGCUCCUCCUUUAUCUCCUGCCCCUACAAAGGAUUCAGCUCCUCCUUCGGAAGCUACCUUCUCAUCUCCUCCCACACUUUCUUUGCCUCUCCCUUUGUCAAGAGUUGGGCACGGGGACAAAGACAGAGCACCUGUUCCCCAGGCAGUCGUCAAACCUCAAGUUCUCACUCAUGUUAUUGAAGGCUUUGUGAUUCAGGAGGGAGCUGAGCCCUUCCCUGUUGCUGGGCUUCUCAAAGACAGAGAUUUUGCCCUGGUUGGCUGCACAGAAAACGGACCCCCGUUGUUGAAGUGUGAGUACUGUGGAAGCCUUGCACCAGCCAACCAGUUCAGAGGAUCAAAGAGGUUCUGUACUAAUUCUUGUGCCAAGAGAUAUAAUGUUAGCUGCAGCAAGCACUACAAGUCCAGUAGAGGGAGAAACGCUGCAGGGCUGGCAUCAACUCCAGCAUCUACAGAGAGCUCUGCUAAGCGUAGAGCCCUCUCUCGCAGGAGCAGUUCUAAUAUCACCGCUAAUAAAAUAUCAAGCAAGCACCUGCCUGUCAAGUGUAACUCUGAGUCCAGUCGUUCAGAUGAAGUAUCCAGUGAUGGGGAAGAAGAUGAUUCUCCUUCACUGUCCCCAAGUUCUUCACACUCCUGCUCAAGAGCUGAGCACAGUGCUCCUCAUUCUGACAGCUCAGCUCCUGGAAGUGUUCCACUAGAGGGGGCUAGUUUCCUGUCUUCAACUCCUUCUCAGUGGAGUGUGGAAGAAGUCUUCAGGUUUAUCUCCUCACUGCAAGGUUGUGAGGAGCUGGCUGCCCAGUUUCGGUCUCAGGAAAUAGACGGGCAGGCGCUGCUGCUUUUGCGUGAGGACCACCUAAUCGCCACCAUGAACAUCAAGCUGGGUCCGGCUCUCAAGAUCUGUGCCUCCAUCAACAGCCUGCGCGAGUAAUGCGGUCAGUGUUCCAGGAGGAUUCCAGGAUUGUUUUCUCAUUGCUGACUUCUCACUGAAAUUAACACUUUGACUCUUUAAAAAAAAAAAAA